AUGCCUACAACGAGACCAGUAUCUAAGCUGCAGCCAUCGCCUACAUCGCUAGAUCAACAGAACAACUUCACCUUCCCGAACAACGCCCAUCUCCUUAUCACCACUCCGGGCCAUGUCUUCUCCUGGGAUGCAAGCGGCGUACACACCAUCUUCCGGAGCAGCAAAAAUGGCAUUGUUGCAGCGCGGGAAGCCAAAGAUGGCUCUGGAGUUCUCGCCGUAGCCGACAAGCAGGUUGUUGUGUUGCACGACACGAAACGCGGCCAGGAGAGGUCUUGGGGACUUCAAGCGGACGAUGAUGAAGUUCGACAUCUGGCCUACACGAAGGACGCUAAAUCCCUCUUCUUGUCAACCAAAUCGACGGCAGACAUACAGCGCUACUCCGCGGAGCAGUCGAAACUGCUUAGUCCGACCAGAGCACAUGCCUCCCCACCGGUGGCGUUGGCUGUUUCGCCGACAGAUCAUUUGAUGGUCUCUGCCUCCGAUAACCCGCCGACGAUUUACUUGAGCAACCUGAUGCACAACAGUCCACCGAUACUAAUCGAGUCGAGAGCAUCAGAGGCAGCCGUCACAGUGAUCACCUUCCAUCCAGAAAGGCCGAACAUAUUCCUUCUAGCCUUCGCCGACGGUACAGCUGCUGCGUUCGAUGCUACGAAGAUCGCUAGAAAGCAGACUGGCGCAUAUGCAAACCAGGAGAGUGUCAACCAUGGAGAGAUCGGUCACUUCGCUAAGCUUCACCGGCCGACGACGGCCACCCACAAGACGGUCUGCAUCGAGGACGCGGCAUUCCUUCCUGGCUACCAGUCUCGGGCGGUCACUGUAGGACGGGAUGGCAAGUGCCGUCUCGUCGACUUUGCCGAUGGCGGCGUCGUGCUUCGAACAUGGCACGCGCAGGCUCCUGUCACAUCCGUAUCUGUUCUGCCUCGGAAAGCCUCUGUGUCAGGUCUGGCAACUGGACACCCCUCACGCAGAUCGGCUGGGGCCAGAGAACCUUCUGCUUACACCGAAAACUUGAUCGCCGUUGGACGUGUGGACGGUGUUAUUCAGAUCUACGACUCGCUGGGGUUGCUACUGGAGCAAAAACUGCUGCGUGGUUCUUGCAACAAGGUCAUCGGUGUGGAGUGGGUACAAGGCAAAUCGCCCAAGCAGAUAUCGAACACCAUAGUCGCACGCGCCGUUGACAAGCUACCGGAGCUUAAUAAAGGAAGCACCCUAGGCCAGGCAGCAUGGAGCGGUACUCCUUCCACUCAGCCGGCACCGACACAGUCACACAAGCCAACAGCUCUCGAACAUCUCGGUCUUCCACCUGCACUUCGAAAGCCUGGCAUGGCCAAUGACCGCAGCGGCGGAGCAGCACGGCGAUUCACCAUCCACCCGGACGAAGUCGACGAGAGCACAGUACGGCAUACGCCUCUGCCUGCAAGCUUGCAGCCGCCACCGAUCAGACAGAGGCAAUACCUGGACCUUUUCUCUCCUGUGAAGCCGACGGCGGCGUCAAAGGACGAAAGCGAAAUGAAGCGUGUGACAAGUCCGACCCGGUCGAGGCCGCAGGUCUCCAGCCAGAACUUCGUUAAGAGACCCGAGCCCGAAACAGCUGCUCCAAGCGUUGACGUAGCUCCGCCGAGGAACAUAGGACUGUUCCCUUCCACUGACUCUGGUAACAGUUUUCCCACUGCGGACUGUCAGGCCACACCAAAGCCAAUUCGUCAGGCAGUUGGCAAGCCGCUCUCUGGAAAACCAAAGUCGCAACGAAACGCAAAGAUGGCCGGCCAGCCCUCUGCCCAAGCCCCGGCCGUGUCGUCUACCAACGCAAAGAUCCUUGCCGAGCUACGCAAAUUGAGCGCUACUCAACAUCCCCAGCAAGCGAGCGGUGUUCUGGCUCGCUACAGCACCUCACAUCCACCGGCUACACACGAUACUGCGCCAAAGAAGAAAGGAAAACAUCAUCUCUUCCAUCGAGCGACGGCACACGUGGAGACGGACUUGGACUCCCUUCAUGCCAUGCGGCAGUAUGAGGAGACUCACGGCAAGCACGGUUGGCCGAAAGAUUCCCACCAGGGGUCUUCACUGGAUGAUGAUAUCUGGCUCACGUCGGACACAGAGCGCGACGCCGCACUUAAGCGAAGUCGAAGGCGACGUCCGGUAGAUCGGCCUCCUGCUCGACAGACGUCGCGCUCUCGGGUCGAUACAAACGGUACGAUGAGUACAGUUCAGCAACCCACCAUCAAGUCUCCGCCGAAGCCUGUGAAGGGGUCCGCUGCUGUCGAUGGCUCAACAGACGAGGACCUGUGGACAGCCACCACGUACUUGUCUCCGGACGGUACAUUUUCGCCGUCAUCGAAAGACAUCCAGCGGCUCUUUCCACGUACGUCUUCGCUUUCGCCGAAGAAACACCAGAGCUCACGGAAACGAGGACAUCGGUCGCCACUACACCGCAAAGCACCGGUGUUACAUGAGGUGCCGGUGAAUGCAGUCUCCAAUGGGUAUCGGAAGAGUCCAUGGGCUCGCGCGAAGGCGGGAGUAAUGGUGGCUCAAGCUGCACAGGUUGAAGAUGAUGCGCACGGUCUUGGAUUAGGUGCAGCGGUAGACGAGCCACAUUGCAGCUUCUGUGAUUCCACAAGGAACAAAGUGCACGAUCUUGAAGGUGAAGUUGCAAGGCUUAAAGGCGAAGUGCUGGCGCUGAAAGCGACGUUGCGACGAAAUGGAGUAGUGGCGCCUCAACGAGGUGGACGUAUUGCUAGCUAG